AUGGCUGCUGCGUUGCGGGCAAAGUCCCUUGUCAGGACGUUCACUUCUCGAGCCGUGGACGGCUUUGUCGGUGCCAUCGGAAACACACCGCUUAUUCGACUAAAGAAACUCUCCGAGAAGACGGGAUGCAACAUUGUCGCGAAAGGAGAGUUUCAGAACCCCGGCGGCAGCGUCAAGGACCGUGCUGCUUUGGGUGUAAUCCGAGAUGCUGAGGAGCGAGGCUUGUUGAAGCCCGGAGGGACUGUCGUAGAGGGGACCGCUGGCAACACCGGUAUCGGCCUCGCUCACGUCUGCAGAGCCAUUGGCUACAGAUGCGUGAUUUUCAUGCCCAACACACAAAGUCAAGAAAAGAUUGACCUCCUGCGCAUGCUGGGUGCAGAAGUCUACCCCGUACCGGCCGUCGCGUAUGAUAACCCGAAGAACUACAACCACCAGGCACGCGACUUCGCAGCGAGCAUCCCGAACGCCGUCUGGACGGACCAAUUCGACAACACCGCGAACGCGAAGGCGCACUACCUCACCACUGGCCCGGAGAUCUGGGAGCAGACUGAGGGCAAGGUCGACGCGUUCGUCUGUGCCACGGGCACUGGGGGCACGCUCGCAGGGACGGGCAAACUUUUGAAGGAGAAGAGCGAUGGGAAGACGCAGGUGUGGCUCGCGGACCCGCCAGGCAGUGUUCUAUACAGCUACAUAAGCAGUGGUGGAAAGCUCACGGAGCGGAGCGGAGGGUCGAUCACGGAAGGCAUCGGCCAGGGCCGCAUCACGAACAACUUGGCGAUUCUCGUGAAGGAUCUAGAUGGUGCUCUGCACAUACCUGAUGCGGACUCAAUAGCCAUGCUAUACGACCUGCUGGAUACUGAGGGUCUGUACCUCGGUGCUAGCUCAGCACUCAACGUUGUUGCUGCCGUCAAGUUGGCCGAGAAGCUCGGACCAGGUAAAACGAUUGCGACCAUCCUCUGCGACGGCGCAUACCGAUACCAAAGCCGUCUGUUCUCAAAAGCAUGGCUGAAGGAGAAAGCCCUCGAAGAUGCCAUCCCAUCGCAGCUGAAGAAGUACGCGGUGUUGGACUGA